GGGAUAUCUGUAUCUGCAUUAUACAUCCCAUCUAUUCUUAGGUGGCACUUCAAGCCGAGUGAGCAGAGCCUUCAAUUGGCUGCACUAGAAAAAGUUGGCAAAAAUGGCUUACAAUGUAUCCCUCGCUGGACCCGGCCCGUGGGGAUUCCGUCUGCAAGGAGGAAAGGACUUUAACAUGCCCUUGACCAUCUCCAGAGUAACUCCAGGCAGUAAAGCAGCACAGUCCAAUGUAAACCAAGGGGACAUGGUGGUGGCUAUUGAUGGAGUAAGCACAGAUGGCAUGACACACUUAGAGGCCCAGAAUAAAAUCAAGUCUGCAAGCUACAAUCUGAGCCUCACUCUACAGAAGUCAAAACGUCCAGGUCCAGUUCCAACAGCCACACCACGAAUGGACUCUCCAAUGCCGGUAAUCCCUCAUCAGAAGGACCACGCUUUGGAAAUUAAUGGCAGAACAGUCUUCAGUGCUCUGUCUAACACAACUGCUAUGCCACUGACUGGUAGCGUGACCACCAAUGGGACAAUGUCAGGCUACCUCAACAAGCAAGAGAUCCACCAUUCACAUAGCAACUCCUUUGUAAAGACAUCAUCACUUAGAUCUUCCAUGUCUUCUCAUUCUAUUGCUUCUGAAGCUUCCUCUAUCAGGCGCAGUAUAGGUCCUAAGCCUGAUGUUUUAGUCAAUGAUGAGAACAAUACCAACAGUCAGUUUAGCCCUGCUAAGAAAAGACUAUACAACAACCCCAUUGGGCUCUAUUCAGCACAGACUGUUAAUGAAAUGGCUGAGAUACAUAAUUUGAGUCUCAAAGGAAGGGCUUCAGGAGGUGGUCUUCUUAGAGGUAACCUGCCAGUUAAAGAUCCUCUUGUAGACAUUGCUUCUCCAGUAUAUCAGGCUGUGCUUAAAAAUCAGGGCAAAAGUGAAUAUGAGAUUGACGACUGGGCACGUCGUGCUGCCAACCUGCAGUCCAAGUCAUUCCGUGUCCUUGCACAGAUGACAGGAACAGAAUACAUGCAAGACCCUGAUGAAGAUGCUCUGAGAAGAGCAAGCGGCAAGGAGAAUGCUCCAAAAUCUCCUGAAGCAAGUCCUACAGGUACCUCAGUGCCACAAACUGCCACCUAUAAGGUUUGGCAACCUUCUAAGUCUUCAACCAUGAAUGGCAAUUCUGUCCAAACAAAUGCAGUGCCUUCAAGAGGUUAUUCCGUGAGGUUUGGGGUCGACAAAAGUCCAAGACAACCCACUUAUACCAGCCAGAAAGUGCUUAAACCAUCACCCCCUGUUACAUCCUCUUAUAAAAGAGUACCUACAGCUGCCAACAUGUCUCCUUCACAAAUCAAACCCAGCCAGGGAGCUAAGAACGUUUCCGCCGCAGCCUCCACUAUAUCUUGUGCCAUAUCAGCACAGUCUAGCCUUCAUCAGCAAGCAUCCUUUUCUUCCAGCUACCAGUCAAAAAUAAGUUCUUCUAGCCAAGCCUAUUCUUCCAAUACUGCUGCCAAAGGUCCCAUGCCUUAUGGAGGACACACUGAGCCUUCAGCUCCUGCUGCCAAGCCUCGAGUAGUAACCACUGCGAGUAUCAAACCAUCUGUUUAUCAGCCAAGCCAAGGUCCUUCUCCAGGCUUUGCACCAUCACCUGCCACUACUUACUCAGCACCCCAACAAGAGCCAGCCAAUCGCCCUCCAUGGAUAACUGAUGAAGCCUUUAAUCAAAAAUUUGCCCCUGGAAAAUCUACAACCACCAUUUCUAAACAGGUCCUGCCAAAAGCAGCACCUCCUCCACCCACUCCAAUCACCACUCCAAGCUAUACUCCUCAGCCUGCUAGCCAACCACCAACACAAGUACCAAGGGGACUGAUUCAGCGUGCUGAAAGAUUUCCAGCAAGCAGCAGGACUGCUCUUUGUGGACACUGCAACAGCAUCAUCAGGGGUCCCUUUUUAGUGGCCAUGGGUCGAUCAUGGCAUCCAGAGGAAUUUAACUGUGCAUACUGCAAGUCUUCCCUAGCUGAUGUGAGCUUUGUUGAGGAGCAGAAGAAUGUCUACUGUGAACGAUGCUAUGAGCAGUUCUUUGCUCCCACCUGUGCCCGCUGCAAUACUAAAAUUAUGGGGGAAGUGAUGCAUGCCUUGAGGCAGACCUGGCACACCACCUGCUUUGUUUGUGCUGCCUGCAGAAAGCCGUUUGGUAACAGCCUCUUCCAUAUGGAGGAUGGAGAGCCAUACUGUGAGAAAGAUUAUAUUGCUUUGUUCAGUACAAAAUGCCAUGGAUGUGAUUUUCCUGUUGAAGCAGGUGACAAAUUCAUUGAGGCCCUUGGACACACUUGGCAUGAUUCCUGCUUCAUCUGUGCUGUUUGCCAUGUGAAUUUGGAGGGCCAACCAUUCUACUCCAAGAAGGACAAGCCCCUGUGCAAGAAACAUGCCCAUGCUAUCAAUGUCUAAGGAGCAUAACUUAAUGUAACACUAGGGACAGGCGGCUCCCAAAAAGUUCCUAACAUCAUAUUUUGUUACUUUAAAAAAGCACUGCAUGCUACCAUGCAGCUGAAAUCUGUUUUACACAAUUGUGCAAAACAAAAAAAAAAACACAAUAUUAAAAAUUAAGUUUUAGAAAUCUA